CAAUUGGACUGAUCAUCGUAGCAAUUGUUUACAAGUCUGCAUGUAGCGAGAAAGGAGUCGUAGUUACGAGGACAUGCCGCAGAAGCUGAGGUGCAAACAAUAAGAGCAAAGCGGAAUCGAUUUGUUUUGAAUUAUGGUCAUCCCAUUGUGGGGUAAGAUUGUAGCUUUGAGUCUAGCAAAGAAAGUCACCGUCCUCGUCAUUGCGAAAUUGUAUGGAUUCCCAAGGUUGUACAGGAGAUCCCAGAAGCUAGUGAGGUACCUGAACAAAGACUCCGAGCGGAGGCAAUGGUGGUCAGGCUACGUACGCAGCACAUUCCGCCUGCCAGAGCACGUGGUAAAGAGAUGGCAUGGCCAGCCUAGCACCGCUGGAAGUGCUUCUCUCCAAGCGCGCAGAUCUGACACACGAUCAGCUGGAAAGCUGUACUCGUUCGCCAGUAGCCCCCUGGUGGCGGCAUCGCGGCAGCAGGUGCAGCAGAAGCUGCAGGCGGGGCGCCUCAAGUGGCACAGCAUGAAGCAACGGGGCUCGCUGGUGAAGCAGGCCAGCGUGCAGCAUCUGCAGCGCGUCUCUGGCAGGAUCCAGUCGUGGGCAGCGCAUACUCCUGCAGAUGUGGCCACCAUGCACUUUCUGCGCCAGGCGCGCCAGGCGUACAACUUUGUUCCUGCCAUUUCCGCGUGAGGCCCACAUGGUUACGCAAUACCAGAGGAUGCAAUAGUGCAGAAAGCAGGCGGUUGGCUGCUGUGUCAUGCUUGAGGAAUGUUGUUGCGUUGCUGCUAUUUGGUUAUCUGAAUUUUUUAAAUACAGUAAAAGGGAGUAGUUUCUUGUGUGAGGACAUGUGCAAGCUGCAAAGCUUCACUAGAAUAGAUGUUUAAUGGUUGCAUGGAGCACAUGCACCUUUUGUACAAUAUAUCUCUGUGACUUUUUAAGCUGAAGUCGCUGGAGAAUGCAUGUUUGAUAUGUCGUGCCAAGCGAGAAGGACACUCUGGACAUUUUGACAAGGUCUGUUGUUGAUCAAGAUAUUCAAUGGUGGUACCGAAUAUGGUGCAUCAAAGUAACGUGAAGACUGUAACUCACCUCUGAGG